AUGGCAGAGCGGCAACAACAGAAACACGAAGGCAGGGUAAAGAUCGGCCAUUACAUCCUCGGCGACACGCUCGGAGUGGGAACAUUCGGGAAAGUGAAGAUUGGCGAGCAUCAGCUGACAGGCCAUAAAGUGGCUGUGAAGAUCCUAAACCGGCAGAAGAUCCGCAGCCUCGAUGUCGUCGGGAAGAUCAAACGGGAGAUCCAGAAUCUCAAACUGUUCAGACACCCACACAUCAUCAAGCUGUACCAGGUGAUAAGUACACCCACAGAUUUCUUCAUGGUCAUGGAGUACGUGUCUGGAGGUGAGCUGUUUGACUACAUCUGCAAACAUGGACGGGUGGAGGACACAGAAGCUCGCCGUCUUUUCCAGCAGAUCAUCUCAGCUGUUGACUACUGCCACAGGCACAUGGUGGUCCACAGAGACCUCAAACCGGAGAACGUACUGCUGGAUGCCAGCAAGAACGCCAAGAUAGCUGACUUUGGUCUGUCAAACAUGAUGUCAGAUGGGGAGUUUCUGCGGACGAGCUGUGGCUCACCUAACUACGCUGCUCCCGAGGUCAUCUCAGGAAGGCUCUAUGCAGGCCCAGAGGUGGACAUCUGGAGCUGUGGGGUGAUCCUGUACGCCCUGCUGUGCGGCACUCUGCCCUUUGAUGAUGAGCAUGUCCCCACGCUGUUCAAGAAGAUCAGGGGAGGCGUCUUCUACAUCCCAGAGUACCUGACUCGCUCUGUGGCCUCGCUGCUCAUGCUCAUGCUGCAGGUUGACCCUCUAAAGAGAGCCACCAUCAAAGACAUCAGGGAACACGAGUGGUUUAAGCAGGACCUGCCAGGCUACCUGUUCCCUGAGGACCCCUCGUACGAUGCUACAGUCCUGGAUGAGGAGGCCGUGAGGGAAGUGUGUGACAAGUUUGAAUGCACUGAGUCCGAGGUUGUGUCCAGCCUUUACAGCGGGAAUCCACAGGAUCAACUAGCAGUAGCCUACCACCUUAUAAUAGACAACCGGCGCAUCAUGACCCAGGCCAGCGAGUUCUACUUGGCGUCCAGUCCUCCCCAGGGCUCCUUCAUUGAAGAAGGAAUGCCGCUGCCCCCCGGGGUCAAACCCCACCCAGAGAGGAUGCCUCCGCUCCUGGCCGACAGCCCCAAGUCUCGUUGUCCUCUGGAUGCUCUCAACACCACCCGACCCAAACCUCUGGCAGUGAAGAAGGCUAAGUGGCACCUCGGCAUCAGGAGUCAGAGCAGACCCUAUGAUAUCAUGGCUGAAGUGUACAGGGCUAUGAGGCAACUCAGCUUUGACUGGAAGGUGGUGAACCCAUAUCAUCUGCGAGUACGGAGGAAGAAUCCAGUGACGGGAAACCUGGUGAAAAUGAGCCUGCAGCUAUACCAGGUGGACAACAGAUCGUACCUCCUUGACUUCAAGAGCAUCGAUGAUGACAUCAUCGAGGCGGUGGGCUUUAAAUCGGGUUCGUCCACUCCUCAGAGGUCGGGCUCCACGGCCGGUCUCCACAGACCCAGACUGAGCAUCGACUCGGCAAGCCCAGCGAUUGAUCUGCCCCAGCUCAGCUCCUCUCUGCCGGGGUCUCUGUCCGGUAGCUCCCCCCAGCUCACCCCACGUCAAGGAUCGCACACCAUGGACUUCUUUGAAAUGUGUGCCAGUCUGAUCACCACGCUGGCACGCUGAGACCUGUUGACCUCCUAACCCUCGCUGUGACCUGGAUGUCAGUGGGGAGUUUUAAGCCAAUUGCUGAUCUGGGAUGUGGGGAGUGUAGAUGUUUGGAGUGACUUCCUCUUUCUGUCUCCUCUCUAUCUCUGUUCCAGUUUUAUUGCACUGGAAGGGUGAAUGGAAAUGUGAGCAAUGCCUGUCACCUCAGAUUAAGGAGACAUAGAGAGGAAGAAAGGCAGAUUAAUAGCUUCUUUUUUUCUUCUUUUGACACAGUCCUCGGGUCAGAGUUGUCCCGUUUAAACAUCAGGCCACAGCUUGUGAAAACUGAUCCUGGGACGGGAAUCUGAACUAGUGGAGGCCAGUAAAGGUCAAGUUCACCGUCACUCCUCCCACAAAUACCUUCAAUCUAUUACCAACUGCUGAAAAGUCAUCACCCACCAUAACACUUAAUGGCGGGAUGUCCUGCUGAGUUUUCCCCAGACACUGAUCAGAGGUCAGUUUUGCUUCUUCUCUUAUGCUUUUGUUUAAGGCGCAGGUUGUUAAAACUGACAGUAAAUCUAUGUCUGCGGGAACAUUGACACAAGUAAAAUUUGAUUUCAGGUUUUAUAUGGUUUGUAAAGAAACAGCUUUUGUUAUUCAUGUAUAUUAUAUUUAUAUUACAAUCAUAUUAUGUAGCUGAAAAGGUUGACAAAGGUAUACCAAAUAACAGACUUUAUACACCUUAAAGAAGAUAAUUAUUAUUUAGAUACCAGAACCAUAUUUAUUUUUGAAAGAUUGUUUUGUAGGCGCUGUAGUUAUAUUAUUUAAGCACAGCAUCAACAUAGUUUUAUCCUGAUUUUGAGUAGUGUAGAAGAUUAAUGAGCCUAGAAAGACAGCAGGAUAGUAGGAGGAUAACACUCUGCAUGGAUCUGACUGUGUCCUGCAUUUAGUGUUGAAGCACCGAUGCACACCGUCUCACAUGAGCUUUCAUGAUCACCCUAUGACCUGACAGAAGUGGACUGUCUCGAUGCAUUUCAAAGAUGCUGUACAUAUGUUUUUUUUACCAUUGUUACACAUUCAGUAACUGUCACAAAUAUGCAACACACAGACUCCUUGACAUAGUUGAGUAACUGUUAAUGUGCUGUACACAUGUACAUCACACAUGCAUGUACAGAACAUGAUUUAAAAAAAAACAAACACGCCGCUUAUAUCUGAAAAAAGACAUACGCCUUGUGCUGUUUGUAAUGGAGUUUGUGGGGAUUUUUAGGGCUACCUAAAAAUUAAGUAAUUAACUAUUUUCAUUGUUAAAAUGUGAAUAAACAGCAAAUGUCUAGCAGAAAUUGGUGCCCAAUCCUUAACGUGAGGUCUUCAGUUUGAUUUUCUCCGACCAACCGUACCAUAACCCACAUAUAAUACUGAGCAAAACUCAAGCAAAUCAAAAUUUACCUGAUAAAUUAAAUCUACAUUACUACCAAUCGUAGUAGCAGUAAAUGUAAGCAGCCCUGUAUCCACGAUGAGAAGUGAAACACGAUAAUGGCAGAUUCAUGUGAGACGGUGUGUGUGUGUGUGUUUGUGCUGCAGGACACUAUAAGCCACAGAAACCUUUUCUCCAGUUGCCUUAAAGAAUGCAACACAGUAAUUUCUUUGCAUAUGUUCAAGGAGAGUGCGUGCAUGAGCCAGUGUGUGUAACGGAGAUGAGAUGUCACGUGACUGCCAUGUUUUCCUUCCGAAUUGACAGAUCUUUGCGGUGGUUUGUGAGAUUGUUGGGACAAAGGUCAAAACAUGAUGUGUUGGUGUCUUGGAGCUGCUGUCUCUCUGUGUGUGUGUAUCUCCUGUUUAGUCUUUGUCGUCUGUUUAGUCUGCACUUCUAAACUGUUUGCAGAUUUACUGUUUUGUUGUGUCACACUCUUGUGUGGAUACUUUACUGUACCUGUUGUUCCUGGUCCUACGUUUUCAUGAGUGGCGUUCUUAUUUUUCUAAACGUUCUGCAUUGUCCUGUCAGAUCGUACCAGAGGUGGGCUGUCAGACAUUAUUGUGUGGAAAUCUUUUCUGACUGAAUGUGAAGUGAAAGCUGGUGCUGCUUAGACGAAUCCUCCCGUCUGUCUUUCUCACCCUGACUGUUUGUUUCUGGUUUUUAACGCAGUGUUGUUUAGAUGGUGAGCGCUGGACUGUUGCCUGUCUGCUGCUCAGUAAAACACAGUGGUUGGGUGGGCAGCACGUUUAGAUUGGUGUCACAUAUAGGAAACCCCAAAAUGGCCAAUAUUCUCAUUAUUAUAGUGUUGUAUUCACAGGCUUGGAGAAAGCGACUGGCAGAAAGGCAAGGAGGCCGGGAUUAGUGCUAAAACAGUUAUGAAAAAUACCAAUUUUUUUUUCUUAUUUUAUAGAUUUCGUAUAAAAUAAAAGUGAUAACAUUUCAUAAUAAUGGGGAGAACCUGGCCAUGUUGGAGUUUCAAACACAUUGGUCUUGAUCACGACCAUUUUUACCGCAAUGUUCUUCACUGAAUAUUGGACCUACAAUAAUUUGAUGUGGACUGAGGUUCGAGUUUGUUACUCUACAUGCUUCUAACGGUUGCAUCAUAUUUGAAAUUGAUUCAUUUUUGCCUUACGGGAGCAGUGCGAAAGCUUUAGGUUGAACUGGUGAAAGCCACAUCCUCGGUUACUCUGCCGAAACCCUUUAUUACAUGUAGUCUGUUUUUAUGUCCUGUGUUGGGUUGCCUUUCCUGUCUGACGGCUCAUACGCCACUGAACACAGUCUGAUGUCGGGGAGAAACUCUGCUCCCUGCUGCAGCACACAUGCAACUGCACACACAGCUUUGUAAACACUUACCCGUGUUCCUCAGUCAGCCCUCGAUAUUACACUCUAGCUCUGUGUCCUAAAUGACUUGUCCGUGUAUAGUGAGCUACUUCAGCCACAUCAGGAUCACAUCUGGUACGUUAUGCAUUUAUUCCCAAUUCUGCUGCUUGUGACAACAAUAUCAAACACUGAUCAAAGUGCACUAUCUUGCAGAGGUUAUGGGUCAUAUUUAAAAGCCCCUGAUAUAACCAGUAUUUACUGUCUGAUGUACUACUGUACCAUUACAACUGUAUGCAACUACCAGUGGCAUGUUAGUCAUGUAAACUCUAAUCUGUGUUCAGAGCUGGGAAACACAUGCCAGAGGGCCUAAUCAAACACAGACUCUCCAUGUUGUACCAAAGUGAGUAUUUUUUACAGCAAAGCUGUGCUCUUUGUGUAUCUGUGGGGUUCUUACGAUUGGUGUAACCUUAAAUACCCCCAUGUAUGUUGUGUGGGUGUGAUAUGUGUGUGUGCACACUGAUCAUUGUGAAAGAAUGUAUAUAAGGGUGUGUGUGUUGUGCAUACGUGUGUGUGAAUGUGACAGUGUGUUUCAACUGUCUCUCCUUGUGUCUCUGUCCGAUUGGGGUUUGGAUUUCUCUUGUUAUGCACUGCAUGAUAUUGCUGUUAUGAUUUGCACUUUAAUGAGUAUUUAUUGAAAAACAAUAAACAUAUAAAAGGAAAACA